AUGGACUCCGAGAGCCUGAAUCCAGUGGCCUCCGAGUCCGAGGCAGGUCCUUCAUCUUCAAGUCCAGCUACCAUGAAUUUACAGGCAGACGCAACCAGCACCGUGGCAGAAGCUUCAGGUGCUGUGUCCGACAUUCCCCUCCAAGAGAACGGCGGGGCUGCGAAUCUGCUCGGGGAAGAUGAAGCCAGUGCGCUCCAGGGUUUGACUGAGGAUGUUCGAGAUCAAGAUGAUCUGGAAAGAGACAUUACGAAUCAGGCCAACCUGGUCAUGAUCGAGCAAGAAGACGAAAGGGAUCAGAAGCGAAUCGACAAGGUCAAAGCCAACAUCGAGAAGCUUGAAGGCCAAAAGCACACCCAACAGCGCAAGCUGAAUGCCUCCUCGAACAACCCUCUUAUGCGCAACAGAUGUAUGUCCGAAAUCGCCCGUAUCAAUGCAGAUAUUACAACAUUCAAGGAGGAUAUUGUGGACAUACAGACUCGCAUAGAUGCGAGGCACCAGCACGAUGAGGUUACAGAGAGUCAAGCAGAUGCUGCUGGUGGUAAUCAUCGCAUGCCAAACGAGACUCAGCGAGAUUUCCUCAUCCGGACCGGCAAAAUCACACCAUUUGCUCGGGCUGGUCCUGAAGGCUGGGCUGGUGGCGGUCUCACUGAAGUAUUGAUGAACGCAGAGGAAGAUGCAACCGCAGAUGGAGGCGACGAACCUAUUGCUGAAGAUGUGGAGCCCAGGUCUCACCAAAACCUUCGAUUACCUGGAUUUGCGGAUACUCCCGAAAGUAUUAGUAGUGCUCCUGAAGAUGAGUUCUCUCUACGGCCUCGAAAGAAACGAAGACUCGAGAAUGGUUCAGCUUCAACGAGAUCGAAUACUCGUCACGCUUCACCUGACGACGAGAGUGCUGAUUUCGAGCCUGCGCUUUCAGACAAUGAUCUCGAGGAUUUCAUUGAGGAAGACGAGGAUGAUGAGCUUAUGACUUCUCGAACUUCGAGGAAAAAGAAAACCACCAAGUCCACAGCGGAAGAAAAAGUAGACCUAGGUGCUAUUGAUGAUGGUAAUGAGCAGAUGUAUCAGGCAAGGCUAUCCCGUUGGGUUGAGGCGAGAAGAGCAGCUCGACGUAGGAAGCUACAAGAUAACGAAGCUACCGAGGAGGAACUUGCUGCUGAAGAGGCUGGCGAGGACGAGUGGUUCAAACCUUGUCCAGAUGAACCUGAUCAUCAAUUCGAAAAUGGUAUUAAACUUCCUGGAGAUAUCUACCCAGCGUUGUUUGACUAUCAAAAAACCGGUGUUCAAUGGCUUGGAGAACUCUACUCGCAGCAGGUUGGUGGAAUUGUUGGUGAUGAGAUGGGUCUAGGAAAGACCAUACAAAUUAUAUCAUUCCUGGCCGGACUCCAUUACAGUAAGAAGCUAACGAAACCUAUUAUUGUUGUUGCUCCUGCCACGGUACUUCGGCAAUGGGUCAAUGAGUUCCAUCGAUGGUGGCCACCUCUGCGAGUCUCGAUCCUUCACAGCUCUGGAAGUGGCAUGCUGAACGUUGGUAGUGAGGAUCGAAUGGAAGAAGUGGAAGAGUUAUACGGUUACAGCCAAAAGAAGCCAGCAAAAUCAUCAAAAGCGGUCAAGAACAUUGUAGAUCGAGUUGUAAAGCACGGACAUGUCCUUGUUACUACAUAUGCUGGCCUGCAGACUUACUCCGAUGUGCUCAUUCCUGUUAUUUGGGAUUACGCUGUCCUUGAUGAGGGACAUAAGAUUCGGAAUCCAAACACAGCAAUCACCAUUUAUUGCAAGGAACUGAGAACCGCAAAUAGAGUCAUCCUUUCUGGUACUCCGAUGCAGAACAAUCUGAUCGAGCUCUGGUCUUUGUUCGACUUCGUCUUUCCUAUGCGGCUUGGUACCCUUGUCAAUUUCCGGCAGUCAUUUGAAGUCCCAAUCAGACUCGGUGGCUACGCCAAUGCUACAAAUCUGCAAGUUUUGACUGCGACUAAGUGUGCCGAGACACUCAAGGCUGCUAUCAGUCCAUAUCUCUUGCAGCGACUCAAGGUUGAUGUAGCUUCCGACCUUCCGAAGAAGAGCGAGCAAGUCUUGUUUUGCAAGCUCACGAAACCUCAGAGAGAAGCAUAUGAAAUGUUUCUAGCCUCUGAAGAGAUGAGCUCGAUCAUAAAUCGUACGCGCCAGUCGCUGUAUGGAAUUGAUAUUCUACGCAAAAUAUGUAACCAUCCAGAUCUAUUGGAUAAGACAACAAGAGGCAAACCCGGCUACAAGUGGGGCAAUCCAAACAAAUCCGGAAAGAUGCAAGUUGUGAAGGCUCUAUUGGAAACGUGGAAACGUUUCGGACAUAAGACCUUGCUCUUUAGUCAAGGCGUUCAAAUGCUCGACAUCAUUGAAGAUUUUAUUAGAGGUCUUGACGGCUUCAACUAUCUCCGUAUGGACGGUGGUACAAAUAUCAAGGACAGACAAAGUCUUGUGGAUCGCUUCAAUAAUGAGCCAGAUCUUCACGUCUUCCUCCUUACUACAAAAGUUGGAGGUUUGGGAGUCAACCUGACUGGUGCCAACAGAGUCAUCAUUUUCGAUCCAGACUGGAAUCCAUCAACCGAUGUGCAGGCUCGUGAGCGAGCGUGGAGACUAGGCCAAAAGAAAGAAGUUACCAUCUACCGUUUGAUGACUGCGGGUACAAUCGAGGAGAAAAUAUACCAUCGACAGAUCUUCAAGCAAUUCCUUACAAACAAGAUUCUGAAAGACCCAAAACAGCGUCAGACUUUUCAGAUGAAGGACCUCUACGAUCUGUUCACCCUUGGAAGCAACGAUGAUGGCACAACCGAGACUAGUGAAAUGUUCAAAGGAACUGAAGUCCAAUUCGACAAACCACCUGAACCCGCAGCUGCCGAAGACUACUCGGCAUUAGGACAAGCAGGCGCUGCUUCUGCAGUGGAGAACGAUGUGGUAACCCAAGAAGUCACUCAACUCAGUCCAGGAGCAGAAGCGCAAGGCGAUUCUGAAACCGAAAUCCGCGGUCUUGCAGGUGUUGCAAAUCUCGAACAGUUUCGUGGUGACCCUUCAGAAAAUAAACCAACUUCUGACGAGGCUAGACUAAUGGAGGGUCUCUUCGCACGCUCCGGCGUCCACAGCGCGCUUGAGCACGACCAGAUCAUCAACGGCAAGAAGAAGAUAUCUGCUGACCGCAACAUGCUAGAGCGCGAAGCAAAGAAAAUAGCGGCUGAAGCAGCGGCCGAGCUACGCAAAGCUGGCGAAGUUGCAAGAGCGCAAGAACCUGGAACCGUGACAUGGACUGGUGAUUUCGGCUCUGCAGGAAGACCAGUGAACAUUCGUAGAGGCGUGGGACCGAGCUCGGCUGGUAUUCUCGCGGGAUUGGCAAACCGACAGGGCAUCUCGAAUGCUGCGAGUGCGAGCAGUUCUCGAUCUGGAACUCCUGGCGCUGGUGCUGGGCCUAAGGGAAAGGACUUCAUGAAGUUGAUCCAGACCUUUAUCAGGAGACAAGGAGGUUCGGCGCCCAGUCAGGCACUUGUCAAUCACUUCAAUGCUAUGUGCAGUAAUCCUCAGCAGACGGCGGAAUUCAAACAUAUGCUUGGCGAGAUUGCUAGGCUUGAGAAGGGUGGUGGUAAUAGCAGGAUGAGAGGUCGAUGGGUCUUGAAAGAUGACUUUAAAUGA